AUGAGGCAAGGCAGAAUUGCAGAGCUUGGGCGACGAAAGCGCGAUUGCGCGUCAGCUGAGCAUUUUGGCAGGGGGGCCAAGGGCUACAACUGUGUGCUUUCCUAUUUUGUGGCAAGCCUUCGGUGAUGAGUCUAAUAGCUGUCGUCAAUGGAGCGCCGAUAAGCCAUACAUUUAUGAUUCAUGACUCACGAAUGUCCGUGCUUGCCCCAAAGGCCUUGCUCCCUGUAGCACUCGCGUUGCUGGUUCACCAAUCUCGACGCAACGUAGCACAAGCCUUGGUCUCAGCACCGGCUUGCUCUUGCUGUGCAGGGUUUGUUUUCUUAUGGUGGUCUUGGCUUGUUUGCGGACCCACACGGUGCGCGGUCACCAGCAACUGCACGAGGUCCUCGCUUCAUGUCUUGCUUUCCAGCUGCGCCGUCCGGCAUACGACAGCGGAGUGAGCUGCGAACUACGAAAUGCUGCAGUAGCGGAGUUUUAAAGAAAAAAAGUCCCGCUAUAAUGCGCGCGGAUGAUGCUGCUGCUGCUGCUGCUGCUUUACUCGCGAUUUCUCCGACCUGGUUUCAUGCGCG